GUGGAAAAUACUCUGUCACAGAAUUAAAAAAGAAAAAGGAUUCCCUAAUGGCAUCGUUUAGGGCUUGUAAUAAUAAAGUUAAAGAAUCUACAAAAAGUGGAGCAGGUACAGAAGACAUAUAUAAACCAAAUUGGUUCGCUUACGAAAGAAUGGCCAGUUUCCUUCAAAAUAAGAAUGAGGCAAGGAAUACAAUAAAUUCAGAGAACCUCGCAUCACAGCUGUCGCAGGAUGAAACAACUCCGAACGAUGUAAGCGCUAACGGAAGUAAUCAUACUGAAAAUAUUCCUGACAACAUAAUUGAAAUAGAUGAAAAUAUCCUAAUUGAUGAAAUACUGCCAUCUACUUCGAAGUCUUCCUUCAAGCGUCCUGCGCAGUGACUGAAGAGGUUGAACUAAAAAGAAAAGUAGAUGAGGCAUAUACUAUUAUGCAAAGCAAUGCCCAAAAAAAUGCAAAAGGAAAAGAUUUCUGUGACAAAUAUGGGGAAUUGGUUGCUGAAAGAUUGAAACAGUUUGAUGAGAGAACUAGGGACAUUGCAAUAAAUCGAAUUGAUAACCUUCUUUUUGAAAUGAAAAUGAAUUUGAAUAUGCCA